AUGGCAAACCAGGAGAUUCCAACCUGCCGCUGGGGCAUCUUGACCGCUGGUCUCAUCUCCUCCUGGUUCGUCUCAGACCUCGUCUCUCCCAGGGACGAUGCGAAAGCCAACCACAUCAUUCAUGCCAUUGGCGCAUCGUCUGUGAAGAAGGGCCAAGACUUUGUCGACAAAUUCAUGACCAACGUCGAGAAGAAGCCUGUCUUGUACGGUACUUACGAAGAACUUUACAAUGACCCCGAGAUCGACUGCAUCUACAUCGGCAGCCCUCACGGCCUUCACUACCGCGACUGCAUGGCGGCUAUCAAUGCCGGAAAGAACGUUCUCUGCGAGAAGGCUUUUACGAUCAACGCCAAAGAGGCCCGUGAGGUUUUUAAGGCUGCAAAGGCGAAGGGCGUCUAUGUUGCUGAGGCCAUGUGGCUGCGACACCGACCUAUGAUCGCUGAGAUCAGAAAGCAAUUGUACGAAGACAAGGUCAUUGGCGAGGUUACACGCACCAACUGCGACUUCCACGCGCACUGGGACUUGGAUGCUCUUCCCGAAACUUCGCGACUUAAGAACAUCGAACUAGGCGCUGGUACCCUGCUUGACAUCGGUAUCUACUCACUCACUUGGGCCAUCACGACCCUGGACCCCUCAACCCCUGCCGCUGGUGGAGCCAAGGCUGCAGCACAGAGCGAUAUCGGUAGCGAAAAGCCUAAGAUCAUGGCGACGCAGUCGUUCAAUGGCAAGGUCGAAGUUGGCACCAGCGCUAUCUUGCAUUACCCCAGCAGUGGACGACAGGGUGUUAUCACCUCGACGGGAAGCUCUGCACGCGGUGGUUCGCAUAUCUUUGGAAGUAUUGAGGGCACUGAUGGUUUCAUCGAAUUGGAAGGAAACGCGCCGUCUCAUCCGACCGCCUUUAUCGUUUACCCUCGCUGGUCUGAGGGUGCUAAACCUGAAGGCAAGCGGUAUGAGUGGAGCCUGAAGCCUCGACAGGGCUUCCAGUUCGAAGCAGACAACACGGCGUUGGAUUUACAGGCUGGUAAGAAAGAGAGCUCUAUCAUGCCCUGGUCUGAGACUAUCCAUGUCAUGGAGAUCAUGGAUGAGAUUCGACGACAGGGUGGUACGAAAUAUCCUCAAGAUGAGUAG